GAAUUCUCUCCCACCUUUUCAAAGUCGCCUCCAUUGUUAUCGCUCUUGCUCCCCUUCCUUGUUGUGCCUUCCGAAGCUGUUUCUCUUUCCAACCCAAUUCACAAUGGCAACUCAAUCGCCCACUCCUCCGACGCCGAAGGGUCUUCGAAACAACCGCCGAAAUUCGAAAAGGAUUAUCACUCCAUCGACGCAGAAGGUCGCCUUACUGGCAACCCCGCCCUCUUCGCCGCCGCGGAAUCAGAGUCCUGGCGGGACUGCCACCGACUCUUCCUUCAAUAAUAAUCAUAACGCAUCGAAGAAGAAGCAUGUGCGGUGCAACAAAAAACCUCGCGAGGCACCAAAGGCCUCGCCUGUUCCCAGCAACGGGCACCGACAUACCUCUUCGCACUCCCAUAACAUUGCUACUCCGCAGACAAAGGACAGCUCGCAUUAUGCAGGUCCUACUUUCCAUGCAUCGCCAGCGCCAUCUGCUCUCCCAAUCCCAAGCUUUUUCUCUAAGUCGUUGCCCGAGUCGGACCUUUCAUCGGGUUUGGAAGCUGACAGUGACAAUCUUGAUGCCAGUCCGGAUAUGGAGAGUACGCCCUCCAAAUCUAGAACGCGUCAUGUCUUUGAGGAUGAAAGACGCCAACCUACGCCCCUUGAUUUCCUCUUCAAAGCUGCAGUCGAAGCUAGAAAUGCCCAACAGCCGCGCAGCCCGGAAAUUACCACAAGAAUACAAUCUCCGCAAACUGAUUCAAAAGCCCUUUUUAAUCACAGAACUAAUGGUGCUGGUGGUGGAUCCUUUCCAAUAGAUGUGGAUAGCCCUGAAAGCCAUCAAUCGCGUAUAGGGCCUCCAUUCGCUGCACCCUACCAGGAUCGUAUGAACGCAUUGCGAUCAGCCAGUUCGCCAUCUCCAUCUACGGGUCACCUGGACGAAGAUGAACGCCGGGCCAAAACAGAGGCUUUGAAGAGCCUUCUACUCAAUCCGCGUCCCCAGAGACCGUCUUCGGCUUCGGUCACCACCCAGAACCAUAUUGGUAGCUUCGGGUGCCAUUCCUCCGUCAACCACAGCGUUCCUCAUUUCGCGACUCCAUUAAGAACAACCUCAGGGCCAGCUGCCUCUUACUCGCAUGGCAUGUCCAUUGAGCACAAACAAGCUUUUCCCGGCAGUGGUUCACAUUCGCCCUCCUCGUAUACACAGCACAAAGCCUUUUACCAAGCUCAGCCUCCGUACUCGCCAUUGCGAAAGGAGGUCCUUUCAACGAAAGCGGGGAACCACUCAAGUGUCCUUGGAGAGGCGCACUAUCCUCCUCCGCAUCCGUACGGGCCGCCAAGAUCCCCGCCCAAGUAUGCGCAGUAUCCAUUGUAUCAUCCUCCCCCCCAACAAUCGCCUAUAUCACGUACCGUCUCGGUCAGUCCGGCUUCGCAAUCCGUCGAUACCAAGAAAAUGGAGGAUGAUUUACGGCGUGUCCUGAAACUUGAUGCGCACCCCGCUGUCCCAGCUAGUGGCAUUCGAAGUUCAUUUGCCUGAUUGCACGUACUUUGUACUGAAAUGCUAUCUCCAUACUUCUGCCCAUGAUUGGCCCUCCUUAAUUCUUAUUUCGGCGCUCUGGAUCUCGUGAACCAGUUUUGUUUCAAUGUUUAAUUGUUGAUAUUGGCUCAGUUCAUGCUUUGGGCCAUUCUGGAGGACGUCUCAAUGUCGAAUUCAGACCUUUGCAUGCCGCUCUUUUCAGGCUCUUUUGAUAUGUCACUAAAUUCUCAGGGAUUGUAUUUGUGG